UUCUCAAAUUUUUUUGUGCUUCUGCAGCUGACCUCUAGUCCAGAAUCUUUGCCGACGCAUUGCUGUCAUUACAGGGACUCGGCAUCUUCAGGCACCAAUAAUUAUAUCUGUUUACGACUCAAUAAUCUUUCAUUGUCACAUAUUGGGUCUAUUGAGAAAUUACUGUGGGUCCAAAUGUUAGACCUCAGCCACAACCAACUUAGCUCAAUUGAAGGAUUGCAGGCUAUGCAGCUUCUUUCUUGCUUGAACCUCAGUAACAACAAAAUGGGUAGUUUUUCUGCCCUGGAGCCUUUAAAACUGCUAAAGUCAUUGAAAGUGUUGGAUAUCUCAUACAAUGAAAUCGGUGCACACGCUGUCGACACAAGAAGGUACUUGUGCUCUUCUCCCCUCUCCCAUAUAGUAGGAAGUGAUUGGAAUUUUGGUGAAUUUGUAAUUAGUGGUGUCAGUGUGACAAAUUACUGGGAAGCGUUUGCAAUUUUUAAAGACUCGAAGUUGACACAAUUAGACAUUAUUGGGAAUGUUGUUGCUGAAGAAGAGUUUAAGUUGUUUCUGGUUAAGAUAUUACCUACGCUUAAUUGGCUCGAUGGUGUAGAACUGCAUUGAUUCUACAUUCCUUAUCAUGUUUCUCAAACGGU